AUGUCGGGGAAUGAAGAACACUUUUUUGAAGGAGCCGAAAAACUCCUUGAAAUUUGGUUUGAAGAAACCUCCAGUAAUAACGAUGAUUUGCGAAACAUUUCUCGAUCUGAUUGGGAAAAUGUCCUGAGCCAAGUCAAUUGUGAAAUAAUAAGUUUUUCAAAAAACGAUUUGAUUGACGCUUUCGUGUUAAGCGAAAGCAGUAUGUUUGUAUCAAAACGAAGAUGGAUACUGAAAACUUGUGGAACAACAACUCCACUUAAAUGCUUAAGUCAAUUGAUAAAGCUUGCCAGUUUAAACGGGUACAAAAUAAUUACGGACCUUUUCUAUUCAAGAAAAAACUUUAUUCGACCAGAGGCUCAGGUGACUCCACAUAAAGGAUUUACGGAGGAAGUUUCUUACCUUGACACACUUUUUCCAAACGGAAGAUCAUAUUGUUUGGGUUCUAUGAACUUGGAAUGUUGGUAUCUUUAUACCUUUAGUCGUUCUGACAUGAAAUUAUCACCAGGACACAUGAUAAAUGAAGGCGUCGAGUCUGAUCCAGAUCAAACGAUUGAAAUUCUUAUGCAGAAUCUUGAUCAAAACGCUAUGUCGGUCUUUAAUAAAAAAAAUAUUCUAAGCGCAGCUGAUGCUACCUCGAUGUCUGGAAUUGAUAAAAUUUUGCCAAAUAUGCAUAUUGAUGAUUUUCUGUUUGAUCCGUGCGGUUAUUCUAUGAAUGGAAUAAAUGAAAAGGGAGAAUAUAUGACGAUUCACAUUACACCAGAAAAUUUAUUUUCUUAUGUUAGUUUUGAAACUAACGUGGCAAUGACUAACUACAGGAACCUUAUAAAUCAAGUUAUCAAUACAUUUAAACCGGGAAAAUUUAUCGUUACAAUUUUUGCGAACAAGUGUUCUUUGGCUUAUGAGACAAUGAAGGAGUUGGAAGUUGAAUAUUCUAAAGAGUCGCAUUGGAAACGAACGGACAUGCAAUGCUGCAAUUUUCCUUCAUACAAUCUGCUCUUUGCUCAAUAUUCUUACAAUGGAAAAAAUAAUUGUACUAUAUGAAAUAAUGCUCAAUGAAUACAACAUACAUACAAAUAUAA